UCGAUUUGCGGAGCUCCUCCCUACGCAAAUCUAGCAGAGAUCAGCGGUGGAGCGUAACACCUCUGCAACCAUAGCACAACGAAAGCAAUGGCCGCGCCGGUCAUACAACAAUGGGAGUAUGCGCAGCAGGUUGAGGGCGGCCUGAUCCCGCUCUUGUCGAAAUGGGGAAGAGAGGGACCGACGUUCGAGCAGAUCGAUGACCUGAUAAAUGAGUAUCGCAAGGCCUCCGAGAAUACUGUCUUCCUCGAUUUCGAAUAUGCUGCCAGCCAAGGAGUUGGAAAACGUCUGUGGGACGCCCAUACCAAGAUCAACAACAGAUAUAAGAAGCUCUUGGUUGAAUAUCGCAAGGGAGACCAGAAGAAGAUGGUCGUCGAGAAGCGCAAGUUCGAGAAACGAUACGCCGACUUCAUCAAGACCAGCCAGUUCUUCUACAAGGGUUACAUCCAACGUCUUGCAUCUCACUUUGCCGGCAUGAAGGGACUGCACCGGAUUGCCAACCGACUUUCGCUCAGCACACUCUCUGUGGACGAGCGUAUUCAACCCACCCCGCAUGUCGAGCACCUUAUCGAGAUGUCUUGCCAUGCCACUCUCCUACGCCUAGGUGAUCUCUCUCGCUAUCGCAACAAUAUGAGAACCAAGGAUCGUAGCUGGGAUCCUGCAAUGGCAUACUAUAGCUUGGCUAAUGAUCUCUACCCGGAUUCUGGUGCCGCUCAUAAUCAAAUGGCCGUCAUUGCUACGACCGAUGGUAAUCAUUUGGAUGCUGUCUAUCACUUUUAUAGAGCCAUUGCCACAAAGGAGCCCCACCCCCUUGCCCAAGGAAACCUUGAAUUGGAGUUCAAAAAGAUCAUUACGUCCUGGCAGAAGAAGCGUCCAAAUCCAAAGACUGGCAGUCUCCCGACCCUCAUCUGGUGGUUCGUUCUUCUUCAUGCAAAGUUCUACGAAGGGGCUGAUUUUUCGACCCACGAAGAGCUUGAGAACGAAGUUCUGUCCCGACUGGCUUUGCUUCUCAAAGAACAGUCCUUCGGUGAAACUUUGGAGAAAUUUGUCCUUAUCAAUCUCGCUGCAGAGUCUCUUGCUGGUGACAGAUUCAGAAAACAAGGUGACGAAGCCAGGCCUGAGAUCAUCAAGUCAUACCUCUUCUGCCUUGGGCUUAACGUUCGGAUGAUGUUCGUGCUCCUUCAGGUUCUGUUGCCAGAGCUUGAAGGUCCAGCCAGCGGCGAGGAACUUCCGAGUGGUGCAGGAGGUUCACGAUCUGAUAGACCGAAUGAGAAGAUCACCGCUAUUGCAGCUAGAGUCUUUCCAGCCCUACGCCAAUAUAGUGUCUGGCUUGCUUCUGGUGCUGGACUUAUCCUUACCUCUACCGGUACCGCCGCCAUUCAAGUCCAUACAAAGGAAAUGUGGAAGAUGUAUGCCGAUGUCCUUACCAGGCUCACAAAUUUCUUCCCUGUUGAAGAAUUGGGUUCGGUCAGUUACCUUUUGGAGGAGGAUGAAUCGACUGUUGGCUUCCAACCAUUGCGAAAUCCCUCACUGGGUGCUGAGUGUAACCUUUAUGUUGACGACAAGGGAGAGUUGAAACCUCGCAUUACCGACCUUGGUGUCAAGAGAGAUCUUCCCCAUGUUGAGAUGCAAGCGCGAGUCUUAAAUAUUCUCCUUUGCGGUCUCAGCUUACAGCUCAAGGAAGAGAUUCCCCUCUCCCUGAGCAGAGAUACAGGCUCCCCGGCUUUUACUUUUGUUGAGGAGGGCCUGUCACUGGCCAGUCCAGUCCAGGUUCAAGCUUCAGCGUCGACCUACACGAGCCCGAUCCGAACCAACGGUGACUACAGCAUGCACGAACCGGCAGAUGGGACCGCCGAAGUCCGUGAUGGAAGUGUUGCAGCCUCCGACUCUCAUCAAAGCAUGGACACCGAUAUGCAUCGCAUGGUUGAGAGUCUCCUCGAGCCGCCGUCUAGUAGAAAUACUACCAGCAACGAGACAUCCUACGGCAUGCAUAGCGCUACUGCAAACGAGGUCUUCGCGCCCAUGAGAUCUAACGGCUUUGAGCCUCGUUUUCAGAGCACUCCCAAGAUGCUGCCGAGCCUGCCCGGUUUCUACAACUCAGCCUUCACACCGCAGCCCAAUGAACUUCAGCCUCUUAGCCCCAAUCGGCCGAUGACUGCACGCCAACUCUCACCUCUUCCUCUUGCUACGCCUGAGCAGCGUCUUCAGGCAGCAAUGGCUCUUGAUGAGGUCACUGGCUACGGCCCGACAAAGAACGGUUCAUUGGGAAGAAAAGCUUCGAGACCUCUGUCCAAUCCAAUUUCUCAGCCCGUCAGCCAAAUCCUGCAGGAAUCGCUUGCACAGCAGUUCAUGCCAAUACCGUCUUCUACUUUCUCGGAUUCGAGCAGCAUCUAUGUCAACAACACCCCGCAGCUCCAAAAUCGUGCUGUUGGUGGACCAUUGCGUGGCGGGCUUCCUCCUAUCAAUGGGAACAACUCUACGGUCUAUCCAGGUGCUAGUGAUUUCGACAAGACCACCAUGCUGCAAAGCUCUAUCUAUGAUGGCAGCCAGCCUGCCUGGGGCGGUUAUGCCCAGACACCUCCUGGCGGACAAGGCGGCUGAGGCAUUUCACGUCGCCUCUUGUACUGAGUAAACAUUUCGGCAUGAGAUAUACUUAUCAUCGAAAGCGCCAUAUUGUGUCCGACUCCAAUCUCGACCAUCCAUAUCCGAUUCGGAUAUUGUUGGCAGGAUUUCACCCAUCAUCUUCACCAGCACUGCACUUCGGCGAUCACAGCAUGAAUAUGCAUGGAGAUUGAAGGACUUUUUGGGGUCUCUAAUGCUAAAUUCUAUGCAUGAUCGUGGAGGAUCAUAAUCGGCCAUCUUCUUCAUAAGCAGCAGCCAAAUCGUCUGA